AGACGGUAUGGUCGUCCUUUUAGAAGCGGCAUGCUAUAGGAUACCGAGAGAUGCCUGGGCUCUGAGAUAUUGCAGGGGUGCGUGCGUGCGCGUGUAUAAAAGUAAUAUUUCUUUACCCUUUCCGUAACGAUCGCUUAUCGUACACUUUGUUUUCAUUACGCCAUGUGACAUUGAUGGUCGUGACAUUCAGGCAUUUGGAAAUGCCACGCUACAGUCCCCAGUCUCGCAUGGUUUUAGUGGGUUUUAACACACUGGGCAGCACCGUGGUCCGGACCAAGCCGGCCGAGCCUGACGGGCGUGCAGGAAGGGGCUCGCAGUCCGUGACGCGUGGCAGGAAGGUCCGUCCGCCCCGCUCCCCAGCCCUUACUCCAGCCCCGGGCUCUGCUUUCCAGCGCCAUGCCAUUUCUUCCGCAGGAUGCAGGAAACGUCAGAUGUUGCGAAACAAAGUUUUCGGGGUUGCGCUUUGCUCCUUUCUCUCCCUAAUUUCUCUGAGCUUGCACUUUUACUUCGAGGAGAAUGCAGAGUGACGCUUCGCGGCCGCAUUGCCAAACUGCCUGUGUCAAUAAACGGCAUUUCUUUAAUAUGUGCGGGAUGGAAACGCCACGUAGGGGUUUAAUAGCGAUAGGUAGACUAGAAGCGCAGAUCAGUAACGGACCUACAUGUACACCACGGUCUGGGGCUCCAGAGGCGAGGGGUGCUCCUGCGGUGGUGUUUGUAAGUUUGUUUAGCACAAAGGACUGGAGAAGAAUGAUGUAUGGGCUCCCUAGGGGAUGCAAUUGGCAGUUAAGCAAAUUAGGCCCAAACAGAGUGAAGUGUUGUCAUAGCAACUGUGCAAUUAAAUGACUUUACUGUCAGCUAUAAUAUAAUUUCAAGGACUCACGGGACCACAGCUCCCAUUUGGAGACAAUGUUGGAUCGGCAGCUUUCUGCAAAGAUCUAUGCCUGGGUUAACGAUAUCACUUUGCUUAAGGAUAUUUUAAACAUGGUCUCAUUUAACAUGAAACCGUUUUCAUUACUUUCUGUAUUAUGUUAAAAAUGCUUAAUUCCUUGUCCAUUAUCUAAUGGGUUAUUAUUCUUUGUAGCCUUCCUGAAGCCUUAACUGGUGGCAAUGUAUUGGAAAGCUUGUUUUCGUAAAUAAAUCAUGAGGCCUUUGUCAUUUGUGAAGUGCACGUCAUCCUAUGGAGGUGUACAGUCAGCGUCCCGUUAGCACAGGGACCUCGUGGAGGCGGGCCUGUAUGAUGGAGGCGGGCUCACGUCGGUGUCAGGGCUGCGUCUGUGCUGUCGUCGAUCCCAAACGAACGGGGAAAGCUUCGCUUCAUGCGCCGCGCGCUUUCACCCCUCGCUGCUCUUUCAUUUAGCGGACGUCGCAUCCUGCCGCUAUAUAAAACCCUGUGCUGUCCUCUGUCCGGAAACGAUGCCGCACUGAGCAGUUUUAUCACAGGCGGAUAUUUUUCAGUAGCUGCCGUGAUUAACAAAUCCAGGGAAAUGGAGGGAUUAAGGCAUAUGACGACUGGUUUAAUUAGAUAGACAGUGAGGCCGGCUUCCAGAGAGCCCAUGACAGCUGCUAAUCCAUCAGAAUGCCAGUGGAAUCAUAAGGUGUUUAGCUCUGCAUGGGUCCCGUCAUGCCUCCCAGCAAGAAGCCGGAAUGUUCCGGCAUGGGCGUGGCCAGCGGGCUGAGCCCCCUGCGCGGGACACGCUCGCUCACCAGGACCCCACAGGAGGCCGAGGAGAUGGAAGCCGGGUUGGCGGCCUCGCGCCCCGAGCGCCCCCACAUGGACGAUGAGGAGUUAACCAACUUAAACUGGCUGCACGAGAGCAAGAACCUCCUGAACAGCUUUGGCGACCCGGUGCUGCGUAGUGUGAGCCCACUGCAGGAGUUGGAGGACGACGGACCACCCUCCCCCGUGCCCUGCAACCCGCCCCAUGGUGCCAGGCACAGCCCUAACUGCAAACCGCCCUACUCCUUCAGCUGCCUCAUCUUCAUGGCCAUCGAGGACGCGCCCUCCAAGCGGCUCCCUGUCAAGGACAUCUACAGCUGGAUCCUGGAGCACUUCCCGUACUUUGCCAGCGCCCCCACAGGGUGGAAGAACUCUGUCCGCCACAACCUAUCCCUCAAUAAGUGUUUCAAGAAAGUGGACAAGGACCGAAGUCAGAAUAUCGGGAAAGGCUCAUUGUGGUGCAUAGAUCCGGAGUACAGGCAGAAUCUGAUCCAGGCCCUGAAGAAGACACCCUGCCUCCCUUACAGCCCAGUGUUGGCCACGCCCCCCGCUUCGCCUCAGGCACGUCAAAGCAUGUCCAGCCCUCCUCUUUGGCCAGGGAGUCCCUUCUUCAGAAAAAAUGGAGAAGUCCUCCUGCCAGUUCCUCAGGGAGUGAUCCAGAACGGAGCCCGCAUAGUGAGCCAAGGUCUGUUUCCCGGAAUCCGAUCCAUUCCCAUCAACCCCAUUGGGACCAGGACAGCCAUUGUGAGGUCGGUCCUGGAUGAUUGUCGCAAAUGCAGCGACAGCGAGCCUUCCUGUGACUCCCCACUGGUCAGCAGUGACCCCAAGGAGGACCACACCUACAGCAGCGCCAAAUCUUCCAACCCCCCGCAGGGAGGGAGCCCCUGUCCGCACGGCCAGGCAGGGGCGCCGCGGGGCGACGCCGGCAGCGACGCGGAUGACGAGGACAGGGGGCGGCUCAAGAAGGAGCCCGCGGAUCGACCGCCGGAAGGAGCCGGCUUGGCCCUGCACAAGAAGCGGCAGCAGUGGACUCGAAUGAGAGCGCGCUGCCCCAGUGAGUCACUGCCCCUGAAGAAGAGGCACACGGAGAAGCCGCCGGAGAGCGACGACGAGGAGAUGAAGGAGGCGGCCGGCUCGCUGCUGCACCUGGCCGGCGUGCGCGCCUGUCUCAACAACAUCACCAACCGAGCCGCCAAAGGCCAGAAGGAGUCCCUGAAGAACUGACCUUACUGCUAGCUUGUGUUUCAGGACAUCAGGUCAAUCCUAAUGAUUUGUGGCAAUAUCAAGAAUCACUUUGUUUUCCUAUCCUUUAGAUACUGUGUCUGAGGGUUUUUAAUUUAGUUUUUGUUACUUUUUAAAGGAGAUUAAAGCCAUAUGAAAACCUUCACUGACGUUCAGCUGAUGUAGGACCACGUUUUUGUUGGCUGAAACAAAGGCACCGGAGAGAAAAGCAACCACCCCCCCAAAUUUGAUUGGCACGGGUACAGGCGGGACAGGCAGUCCUGUCACCAGCUGUCACCACAGCAGCCGCUCCCAGGAUGCUUUGCAGCUGUGGGUGGCCUCUUCAAUGGCUACUGUGGCUGAGAGACCCACAUGCAGACAUAGGAGAGCGCCGCCCUCCAGGCCUUAAUCCCCAAGAUCUGACCCAACAGCUGUGGUCACGCUCCCACAAUCCCGAGCGGUAACUGCUGUGGGGAUGGGAGCCUUUUGCAGCUCCACUCUGCGACUGGUGACCUGGGUCCAGUUUUCCAUAAUUUCGUCCACUACAAAGGCUGGGCGGGGGGGGGGGGGGGGGGUCACUGUUAAAGCCAUUAGCUGUAGUUCCAGAUGAUUACGUGGGGAAAAAGAAACCAAAAUGAAACUCAUCAAAACAUCUUCAAAACUGCCUGUUUUUACCGACUGAAUUGGUGAAUUAUAAUCAAGUGAUACAAAACAGGGACAUUUCCCCGUUUAUCUGCAGUUAAACUGCAGCCAGACUUUGAUGAGAGUAUUAGAAAUGUGCAGCAAAACCUGCCAAGUUUUAGCAACAAAAAUGUCGAAGUAACUGUGGAGUAACUUUUUUUUUUUUUUUUUUUUUCUUUUCGGUUUGGUCUUGUUUUGCGUUUCCAGCCCUCAUGACGUAAUAAGCAAUUUCACGCAGUCAGGACAGUGCUGUAUAAAAGUUACACUAGACUUUCCCCCUUCCUAAUUUAAGCAAUGUAGCCAGCGGGAUUUUCCAAAUCGUGUUGCAUGGGUUCUGUAAACUAAAAGAAACAGUUUUUUAUUCAUGUAAGGUAAAUAAUGUAUUUAGCAUGAAGCAUGAAUUAUUUUCAUAUAAAUAUAGAUCCUAGAAAAAAAUAAGGCUUGGCCUCUAAUUUUUAUGCCCAUAGGCCUAGAUGGUUUUGUGUUUUUUAUCGUUAUUUUUUUCCUCUAGUUGUUGUUUUGAAGCAGGCUCACACCUUCAGGGACAUUCGUUGACUGUUGGGAACCGUCUCUGCAAUAUGAAGACUUAAAAUUUCGACUAGGGCUGGGGAGGUUUACGAAACUGCCCCGUCUUGCUCGCUUUUGGCCCUCCUUCGCCGUCCGUGGGGGGGGCUGUUUUCGGCCUGCGUGCGUGUGGAGUGUCCCCAUGACCUGCCUGCACUCUGCUCGUGUCUCCAUGUCGAGGCGACAUCCGUGUCUCGUGGUCUUCCUGUUCCUCUCAUCCGUGCCACUUCAGACCACGUGCGCUGUAGCACUUCAGGUCCCAGUAUUACUUCCUGUCAGGUAGCAGCGUGUGACGCGAUUCUGCCGAGUGGCGUCUGGGCGACCCCGGGGGCCCGAUCCCGCUGAAACGUGCGGCCCAUCUCCGUGUUUAAGGUGCAGUGCCAAAGCCUGUAAUCCUUGUCACAUUGUAGCAUCGGUGUCAUCCCUGUGAGGACACUUCCUGCUUCUCUCAUGAAAGCGUCAGAUUUUCCAAACCAGUAUCCAUCCCACCUGUUGAGGGUGUUCCACCUUUUGGGGAAGGUACAGAAGGUGGUUUGGUAUCCCUCACCACCCCUUGACUAUCAGAAGAUGCCCCUGGCGUUAUCUCGACCUUCUCACGCUCUAAGAGUCCAACUCCGGUCCCGGGAGAGCACGUGGGGCAAACUGGAUCACACUGGGUGUGCUGGAGGUACAUGCCGGGUUCUGACGCAGCAUUUGCUGUCAGGACGCUCUUCACAUACACAUGCCUCACUCUAUGUAGCAGCUGUCGCUUGUUUAUCCUGUUCACUGCCUUGUAUCGUGUUCCAACUCGCUACAAACUCGUUUCUUCAUUCGCGUGGUAGGAAAUGGGUUCGAGUUUGAGAGACUAACUGUAUAUACUUGUUUUUUUUUAAAGAGGCCAGUUUCUUUACUCACUCUCGUGUUCCUUUUUAAGAGGUAACUCUUAAGGGGUUUCAGAAAGGAGAAGGCAGUGGUUGGUUUCGCUCUGUGUUCGUUAAUCAAACACGGUCUGGAGGCACGUGGGCGGCCCACGUGUCUGUCACCUGCAUUCUAUAAUUCCUUGAUAUGUGACCAUAUUGCCAAAGACAAAUCCUUUCAUCAGUUAAUGUAAAUAUAACUUUGUCCAUUACUAUGACAAAAAAAGAGUUCUUGUUUUUAUUUUUCUGAAACCUACCAUGAAGUUUCUGUGAUGUAUUGUCUUCCAGUUGCAAUAAAAAGACCAAGUUGCAGACGUC